GGAGGUGAUUACAGGGCGGGGUGUUGGAUGCGGCUGGCUCAGUAGUACCGGGCGGCGGCUCAGCAGCGGAAGCAGCCUCUGAGUUGCGUCUGGCUCUCUCAGUAUGUCGGACGCGGGCCCGGCGGGGGCGGCGAGGAUGGCGGCCUGGACGUGCCGGGCUCGGCGGUGCAGAAUGUGGCCGAUGUCUCGGUGCUGCAGAAGCACCUGCGCAAGCUGGUGCCGCUGCUGCUGGAGGACGGCGGGGAGGCCCCGGCCGCGCUAGAGAUGGCGAUGGAGGAGAAGGGCACCCUGGAGCAGAUGCGCAAGUUCCUCUCCGACCCGCAGGUGCACACCGUGCUGGUGGAGCGCUCCACGCUCAAGGGUGAGAGCCGGGCCCGGCGCCGAGCCGCUGCGGCCCCCAACAAGAAGAGUAAGAACAUCCAUGUGUGCCUGGGUGGCUUGUUCAUACCUGAGGCUUAUAUUACUGCUACAAGACAAUAUGUAGCUCAAGCAAACAGCUGGUCCCUGGAAGAACUUUGUCUAGAAGUCAAUGUUACAACUACUCAGAAUGCAGUCCUGGAUGCUUGCAGUUUUGCAGUCACAGGUUUGAAGCUUCAGGGAGCUACAUGCAGUAACAAUAAACUGUCCCUUUCAAAUGCUAUCUCAACUAUAUUGCCCAUAACACAGCUUCGCUGGAUCAAGCAGACAAAUGCAGAUAAAAAGGCUAAUGUGGUUACAUUACCAGUUUAUCUGAACUUCACCCGUGCUGAUCUGAUCUUCACUGUUGACUUUGAAAUAGCCACCAAGGAAGAUCCUCGCAGUUUCUAUGAACGUGGUGUUGCAGUCCUCUGCACAGAGUAACAAAAUAACGUUUUCUAACUGAUAAAUAGUAGUAAAAUUCAGUGUCUUUAAUCUAGUCUACAGUGUUAGUUUUAACCUCCAGGGCAUGGGUAAGUUGUCAGAUGGACUGGUGUAAAGUUGACUUGCUAGAGGCUAGGCUUCUUGCCAGAGUUUCUGGUGAUAUUGAUGGUUUGAGGGAGAAUUGGAUGUGGUUUUUAGAUGGCUCUAGUUACAUGUGGUAAUGGUGUGUGAUGGUGUGAUGGUGCCUACUACAUUAAAUAAAUUCCGUAGCAUGA